UCACCAUUGGAGCUAGAAAUUCGAUUUAUACCAAUGGAUAUAGAAUUUCCCUAAAGGCUAAAACCCUCUCACUGUCUUCGUUCAGUCCCCCGCUUCUCCCUCGCGGGUUUACCUCGAUUUGAAGGGGAGCGCGGGUCGAUUCUGUUCUAGGGUUUUUGAAUUGCUUCUGUCGUGUUUUUGGUUUGGUGAGUUUUCGCGGUCUGCAAUGGCGACAACUGCAGCUCCAAAUGCUCCCGACAAGUCGUCCAUGCCUACGAAGACUGUCGACGCCUCACUCUGGUGGGAGCCUUUCAGUGCGCUUCUUUCGGAACUUGAGAACGCCUCCGUCGCGUCGGUACUACCUCACUCUCUGGAGAAGAAACUGAAGGAUAAUCACAUGUGGUUUCUGCAUACCAUUAUGCAAUUCAAGUCGCCAGAUAAAAAAUCGAAGGAAGCAUUGGAUGCAUCCUGUGUAAAAAUUGGAGAUCAUGAGUUGAAUGUACAGCCUGAUUUGAAACAAACCGCUCUCAAAGUCAGUUCAAUCUUGUGUUUGGAUGAGGUACAGUCUUAUAUUCUUGCUAAACGAACACUGGAUCACACAAAUUCAGCAGUGAAUGAUCUGCAACAGGAUAUUGUAAAUUUGGUUGUCAUCGAGUACUACAUUGAGCGGCAAUGCUUGUUGAAGUGCACAAGGCAGAUUCUUAUGCAUGCCUUACAUUAUGGAUCUCAGCCGGGAAGUUCUGUGGUUUUGGAAGAGGCACACAGGUUAAUCUCCGAUGGACUUGAGUGUAAAGUGCUUUCUAUCUUUGAAGAUCUUCUCUCUUCCAACUACCCAGACCAGAUGGAUGCUGACCUAUAUGUUUUAUGGGCUGAGGAGAUACUUACUGAGGUCAACUUAAUCCUUGACAUUGUUUUCCUUGUUUACUAUGAGUCCUUUUGCACAUGUGAUGCUAAAUCCUGGAAACAGUUAUCUGCAUUUUAUGAGGGCAUUAUCACUGGAUCAUAUAAUUUCCAGAAACUGACCAUAUCACCUGAGGCUAUACAUGCUGUUUAUCAUGCCAAAGUGCAGCUACUCUUUAUACUUAUUGAGGCUUUAAACCUAGAAAUUCUUCUUCAAAUGGUCCAUGAUAAUACAGCUUUCAGGCAGGGUUCUAUAGGCUUUUCAGAACUUGACAUUCAACAAAUGGAUGCUAAAAUAUCGAUCAUCAAUACUUUCGAAGCUAAGGAAGCUGGUCCUCUAAUUCUUGCAUGGGCAGUGUUUCUCUGUCUCAUUUCUUCUCUUCCAGAAAAAGAGGACAACAAUAUACUAAUGGAGAUAGAUCACAUUGGCUAUGUUCGUCAAGCUUUUGAGGUUUUGUCUUUGGAAUAUUUUCAUGCAAUUCUGCAGAGUGACAUAUUGAAACAUUCAGAUGGCCCUGUAGCUGGUUAUCGGAGUGUUUUAAGAACGUUUAUGUCAGCUUUUAUUGCAUCAUAUGAGAUCAAUCUUCAGUUUGAGGACGCUAACUUGAAAUUAAUAUUGGACAUACUAUGCAAAAUCUACAGGGGAGAGGAAGCUCUUUGCAUUCAGUUUUGGGACAGGGACAGCUUCAUUGAUGGUCCUGUAAGGUGUCUCCUUGGCAACCUAGAGGGUGAAUUUCCAUUCCGGACCAUUGAACUUAUAAGCCUGUUAUCAGCCCUUUGUGAAGGUUCAUGGCCAUCAGAAUGUGUGUUUAAUUUUCUUGAUAAGUCUGUUGGUCUAUCAACUCUACUUGAGAUAGGCAAUGGCUCUGUGGUAGACCCUGUUUCAAAUAUUGUUGAAACACAAUUUCCAUUGCGUGUUGCUGGUAUUGAAGGCUUGACUAUUCCAGCCCAAUCUCGAGGUCGAGUGUUGAGAAUGAUUGAUGAAAAAUGUGUACUAGUGCGGUGGGAGUGCACAGAAUCUGGAGUGCUUGUGCUGCUACUUCAUUUGGCUCAAGAUCUGCAUAGGCAAAACACAGAGGAGCUUAUUAUUAUUCUUGAUCUGUUCAGUCGAUUGGUGACAUUUAAUACGGGUGUCCACUAUUCUCUUAUGGAUUUUGGGAAUUUUUCACCUGAUGAGGCAAUUUCCAGAGGAAAUCUAGAGAGCUAUGUGCGUAUUCAUGUUAUUGAGAUCGUCUGCGCUUUGCUGAAGAGUCUUUCCCCUAGUUUGAACGGUGUUCUAAUGAUGUCCAUGGGAAUUAAUAUAUUGACAAAAAUGAUGAGAUGCUUGCCAUCUCAUGUGGCUCUGAUGGCCAUGAAGGGCAAUAUAUUUGAUGUUGCUUUGACGGAAAAUCCUUUCGGUGCUGGCUCCAACAAUUUAUCAAGCGGAUCCUGGUUGCUUUCUGGACGGCUUGCAAAAAUGCUUUUGAUUGAUUGCGAACAAAGUGAUUGCUUAAUGACUCUUUCAGUGCUGGACUUCACUAUGAAUCUCCUGGAUACCGGAUUAGAAAGUGAUGCAGUCCUUGCACUCAUUGUUUUCUCCCUUCAAUAUGUUCUUGUUAAUCAUGAAUAUUGGAAGUAUAAGGUGAAGAGUGCACGAUGGAAGGUGACAGUGAAGGUGCUUGAGGUGGUGAAGAAAUGUACGCGAUUGAUCUCACACAGUAAAAGAGUGGGGGAAAGUAUUCGUGAUAUUAUGCUUUCGGAUUCAUCUAUCCACUCAGCAAUUUUUCGAAUUGUUUGUACAACAGCACCAAGCUUAGAGAAACUUUAUGUGUCCCGUACUUUUGACAUGCUUGAUAUUGAGGGGCUGCAACUAGCUAUAUCCUCAGGGCUGGAUGUCCUUGUGAGUAUGUUAGAUGCUUGCUCGAAGGAUUCAUCUGGUCUUCCAGUUUUUCAUCAAGCAAUUCUAUCAUCAAGAACAAAGCCAAUACCUGUCCUCACUGCUGCAAUAUCAUUAAUGACAUAUUUUCGGAAUGCUGAGAUACAAAUGGGUGCCACAAGGUUGCUCUCCAUGUUAUUUGCUGCAUAUUCUUUUGAGGGCUAUAAUGUUUGUCUUGGUUUGGAAGAUAAGCAGGUAGUUACUUUCCAGAAAACUGUAUGCAACAUAUUUAAUAAACAGUCUCCUUGGACUGAAAAUCUUCUCCUUUCCACUUGGAAGCACCUAGUUUCAGCUGCACAAAAUCAGCCUGCCUUUCUUAAUGCCGUCAUGAUGUCAAAAGAAUAUUUGAGUGGUCAAGUGCUUGAGAGUAACUCUGAGCAUCAGCAAAGUAAGUUUGAGAAUGGAUUAAUGGAUUCCGGGGAUGAUAGCCUGCUGGAUGAAAUUCUGCAGUGUUUAAAAGAUUCUGAAGAUAUAGUUCAUAGCAAACCAGAUGUGUAUCUGUUCUUUUUAAACUUUCUGAGGGCACUGUGGCAAGGUGCACCCCAGUUUACAAAAAUGUUGGAGCUUUUGAAAAUUUCAGACAAGUUCUGGAGACAAAUUACCAUUCCUGUCGUUCUUGUUGCUGGUACUGAAGGAAAGUUAUCUGAAAACUUGACUGAGAAGGAGCUUCAGAACACAGCUUACAAAUAUCGGUUUCUGUCAUAUGUGCUGGAUAUACUGGGUUGUGAGGUUUUCUUGCAAAAAAAGUUAAUGCAUGCUGAGUUAGUCGCCAACAAAGCAACUAAAUCACUAACCAAUGAGACAGAGAAAAGGGAUUCUAAACUUUCAAAAUCUGAAAGUUUAAGCAACUUGAAGGAGAUAAUUUCAACUUGGUGCAAGAGUUCAGUGUUGAGUGACUUGAUCAGGGCAUGUGUUUCUUGGGAAUUUGAUAACAGCUUUCUUUUACGCUCUAGGAUUGCUGGUGCUUUGUUUGCUGUCAGUGCUAUGGUUAAACUAAGACAUGGGGAUUGUGGUAGUCUGUCUAUAUCUCUGGUUGAAAGGAUUGUUAUGUUAUCACAAAAGUUGUGCAAGCUUCCAGCUUUUUCAGAAUUGUCAACUCAGUACAAAGCACGAGGUUACAGCGAAGGACCACAGGUGGAGAAUUUGAUUCUAAGUGAUCUUUAUUAUCUCAUUCAAGGAGAGCUUGAAGGCCGUCUGAUUGAAAACAAACCAUUUAAAGAGCUGUUGCAGUUUAUGGUAGAAUCUACUUUCUUAACUGGUUAUGAAAACAGACGAGAUGAUAAUAUAUUAGCAGAUGUCAACAGUAUCUUCCUGUAUGAUAAUGUUCGGCUUAGAGCUGAUCUAGGAUUGGAAUUGUGGGAACUGUCAAGGUGGAAAGAAUCUAAAGAGGCUGCAGAAUCUAUGCUUCUUUAUUUGCAAGAUGCUAAUACCAAAAUGUUGUGCUCAAAUGCCAAGCUUUCCGCUUUGAGAGGGCUAGUUACUCUAUUGCACAUGCGUGAACACAGUUCAACAGAUGCUGAAGCUCUUACAGGACUGAAGAUAUCUGAUGGAGUAGUUUCUUCAUGCAUAGACCACGUGUGCCAAUGCCUCCACAACACCAUAAAGUUGUUGGCUCCUGUUCCUAAUGCAGAUGAACAUUUGCUCAAUAUCCUCACUGCUCAAGCAGAGCUACUGCUAAUACUUGUAAGGUCUUCAAGCAAUAACUCUUCUCAAACUGCUCGUGUUCUUAUUGUGAAGACAUGUGGAUACGGCCUCAAGGUGUUGUGCAGUUGUAGUCCCUCUCUUGAUACUGGAACAGCUACAAAGUUGUUGCUUAUGCUGAUUCAUAGCUUAAUAGAGCUGUCAUCCCCAGAUUUGAAUGCUGGGGCCGGAAGUGGCGGGAAUCCUGAUGAAUAUUCCUUGGAGGCUUCUAAUUCAACUUUGGGAUUAUUACCUGUUCUAUGCAGCUGCAUCCAGCACCCUGAUUAUUGUACCCUGUCCUUGGCUGCUAUUGAUUCAAUACUUAAAGGUUUCUCAAUGCCUGAUUCUUGGUUCCCUGUUUUACAGAAACAUAUGCCGUUGCAGCAUGUUGUUCAGAAGCUUCAGGAUAUAUCUUUGUCCGGAACUGUUGUGGUAAUAUUGAAGUUCCUUUUGAACCUUGCGCGCAUCCGACAAGGUGCUGAAAUGCUAUUGAAUGCCAGUAUCCUUGCAUCUCUGAAAGUAUUACUGUCAGAUUUUUCUGAAGCCGAGUCGUUGUCUGUUAUCCAGUGUGAGAAAAUUCUAUCCCCAUCUGAGAAGACUGACAAUCCCCAGCCUAUUUGGGGGCUCGGGAUCGCUGUUCUUACAGCGAUUAUUCAGUCUUUAGGAGACAGUGCUGCUUCCACCAGUGUAGUCGAUUAUGUGAUGACUUGCAUAUUGGUCGAGAAAGCUCCUCUAGUUUCAUAUUAUCUUAGUGCGCCAGAUUUCCCGAACAAAGGUCACGAAAAUAAAAGGGCCCAUUCAUUGAAAUCUAAUGUUUCUUUGAGUGAGCUUAAAGAGACGCAAUAUACUUUGACCCUUAUCUGUGUCUUGGCAAGGCACUGCAACUCUUGGAAGAAAAUCUUACGAGGUAUGGACUCUCCCCUGCGAGAAAAAUGCAUCCACUUCUUAGCCUUCAUCAGCCGGGGGACCCAACACCUGGGAGAAUCCCCCAAGGGAGUGGCCCCUCCCCUAUUGUGCUACCCGGUUCUUAAAGAAGAGUUUGAGUUGUACAAGAAGCCGUCGUUUAUCAACAGCAGGAAUGGCUGGUUUGCGCUGUCUGCUCUCAGUUGCACAUUGAAUCCCAAGUUUGCACCCUUGUCUUCUAGAACUGCUCUAGCCGUGAGAGAUCAGUCGAACGACAAUGCUGAUGUAGCUACACAUUCGCAUUUGUCCGACGUCAUUGCGAUUGAUAUAUACAGGAUCGUAUUUCUUCUCUUGAAAUUUCUUUGCUUGCAAGCUGAAAGUGCUGCUAGAAAGGCGGAGGAGGUCGGUUUUGUUGAUCUCGUGCAUUUUCCGGAGCUGCCUAUGCCUGAAAUCUUGCACGGCUUGCAGGAUCAAGGGAUUGCUAUUACAACCGAAGUAUGCGAAGCCAACAAGUCGAAACAACUUGCCCCCGAAUUGCAGGAGGUUUGCCUCUUACUGCUACAAAUAACGGUGAUGGCCUUGUACCUGGAGUUGUGUGUAAUACAAAUUUGCGGCAUAAGGCCCGUAUUAGGCCAUGUCGAAACGUUCUCUAGGGAACUACGGCUCCUUAUUAGAGCAACUGAUGGCCAUGUCUUCCUUAAAGAGCCGUUGAAAACCCUGAAUCGGAUUGUGUCAUUUGUCUAUCCUGAGUUAGUACAGCAAGAAGCCUUGUUUUGACACACUUAACUUUAUUCAUUGUGGCUGUAUGGAAGUAUAUGUAUUGUUACUGUUAGGCUUAUCUUACUUAGGUUAACUUUCCAGAAAGAUGAGACAAUUUAAUGAGGAAUUAGUCCUUUUUU